AGCCUAGGCCAGCCACUAUCCCGGUCCUCGUUUACGUAGGCAUGUAGGGAGGGUUACAUGAAGCACAUGUGCUGGGAGACUGCGUGAGAACCUCGGGGGAUCUGCAUCCCAACAGACGGCUAAGCUAGUUUGUGGGUAUAAAAAGGAUCUGGGUGCCCCGGCGCUUGCUGCCAACCACCCUUCCCUUACUUCUCAUUGUUCUGUCAAAAGGGCGAGCGCGUGUUUUCAGGAGGAGGUAAUUAGCUAUCUCCAUCAUCUAGAGGCGCCACCGCAUCAUCCUACACAACAGACCCCGCCGGAUAGGAAGCCAAUAUGUCGGUAGACGCGUUGGUCCCCAACGACCCUCGAGUCGAGGACAAGUUCACCUCUUUUGGGGACAUCAGAUACCACUACAUGCUGGCCAAACCGGCAGGCAAGCCGGCCGCCACCGUUCUCCUCAUCCAUGGUUGGCCGGACCUCGGCAUGGGAUGGCGAUACCAGGUUCCCUACCUCUUGUCCCUGAACUUGCAGGUUAUCGUCCCAGACAUGUUGGGAUAUGGGCAGACUUCCGCCCCGGACGCUGUCGAGGAGUAUACUAUGAAGAAGAUCAGCGCCCACAUGGUCGGCAUCGUUAAAGAGAACACCGAUCAGCCCAUCAUCCUCGGCGGCCACGACUGGGGCGGGUUCUUCGUCUGGCGCAUGGCGAGGUGGUAUCCGGAAAUCAUCCGGGGCGUUUUCAGCCUCUGCGUGCCUUACUGGCCGCCAUCGCCAGUCAAGGUUUCGCUGGAGGAAGCGGUGCAGCGGAUGCCCAACUUCCGAUACCAGCUCCAGCUCGCGAGCCCGGUGGCGGAGAACAUCGUCAACAAGUCGCCGGAGAGCCUGCGCGGUUUCAUCAACGGCGCGUUCGGCGGCGUCACGGCGGACGGCAAACCCAUGUUCAGCACCCAGAUCGGCGUCAUCGAGGAGAACGUGGAGAAGAUCCUGCCGUCCAAGCUCAUCGACCAGAAGAUCGCCGACUUCUACGUGCAGGAGUACUCGCGGAACGGGCUGCACGGGCCGUGUAACUGGUAUCGCACACGCGACCUCAACGGCGAGGACGACUUGGAGCUCGCGAAGGACCCGUCAUUCCAGUUCAAGAUACCGGCCAUGUUGGUAAUGGCCGGGCGCGACCAGGCGCUGCCGCCGCACCUCGCCGAGGGCCAGGACAAGUACUUCGCGGCCGGGUUGAAAUCCGAGCUGAUCCCCGAGAGCAACCACUGGGUCCAGGUUACCUUCCCCAAAGAGGUCAACGACUAUAUCGGGGAUUUCGUUGAGACGGUGCUAGGAGAGGAGCUCAAAGCCGCGCUGUGAACCUCUGGGCUCGGACCCGACGGCGAGCCGGCGAGGUGGGAAACGAUGGUGCAUCAGCUAGGAGGUGAUUAGUUACCAUCCGCAUAUGCUUAUAUAUGUAGGACUUCUCACCACCACGACGAA